AUGAAUUCCACACAGACGUUUGCUACUCUAAAGAAGAACCCUUUGAAUAAGAUCAUUGGUCUUUCAGUUGUUUUGGCAGUGGGUUUCCUUUUAGUCAUUUUAGCUGGUAUUUAUGGAAAUUGGUUCCCUAUAAUAAUUGGUAUUAUAUUUGCAGUGGCUCAUCUACCAGUGGCAAUCACUAGAAAUGUUUCUAGUAGUUCAGAUUAUGAUUUCAAUUUUGAUUCAACUUCUACAAAUACUAAUGUUCUUGUUGAAGCAGGUCAAUUUAUAACUGCAUUUUUAUUGGUUACUGGUGUUUAUUUACCAAUAUUGUUGAAUCAUUCAUUGAUUCUUACAAAAACAGCUAUGGUUCUAAGUAUCAUUGGUGGAUUACUUAUUUAUGGUACUGUGUAUCUUUUCAGUCAUUAUUUUGAUGAACCAACGGAUGAAGAUGAAUUGGCCGACCUUGGAGGUGGUGUAAUUUAA